CACAAUCGAUUUCAUCAACAUGGUAAACAAUUUGGCAUUGCUGUGCUGAAGCGGGGGGCCAGAGCUAUCAACCCCCGAAGAGAGAAGGCACGAGGCUUUAAUUGAGCUCCAAAUAUGAGGCCCUGUUCAUAUUACAAUAAAAAAGAAAAUGAUUUAAAAAAAGAAUCAAAUCUUUAUGAAGAUAUUGUGAUGUCACUGUUUUCAAUAAAGUUUAUCAAAACAUUAUAAAACAUUUAAGCCAAAAUUAAAAACCAAACAAAGCUCUAGACAUUAUCUUUUUUGAAGUCAUAUGUCUUACGUGGUAGGGACAAGGAGUGUAAACAAACUUCUUGUGAUAAUAUGAUAUGAUAUCGAUACUCUUAGCCAGCAAAAUGAUAUUUGUUGACACUUCAAAAAGACUUCAGUACUAUUUGCUUUAACUAUUUGUGAAAUAUCAAACUAAAUAAUGACAUACGGACAAAUUGUUCGUAACAUAAGAACAAAUUAAAUUGUUGUUGAUGCACAAAUGCAACUGAAGAAUAAUUGAUACGAUGAGAAAUACACUUUAAUAAAGAAUAUAAAUAAAUUUGAAUAUAGAAAAACAAGUAAUACAGGAAAAUAUUCGUCCAUGACAGGGUUUUUAAUGUGUCUUAAUAUCACUAAAUGUGCAAAUUCUUUUGCAAAACAACAUAAGGGAAGUACACCAGUUAUUUAACAAUUCACAUGGCAAAAAAAUACAAUCAGUUUUAACUAUUUUAGUCUCCUAGGUCAUGCUAAAGGAAACUGACAAACAAGCAGUCUAUAUGGUGGUAUAAUUUGAAGGAUAGUUUUAUGACAUGACAAAUAACUAGUUGUCCAGUCUGAUUCCAUUCACCCAGCAGGGUUUCACUGAAAGUAUAGUUGUGAUUGACAGUUCUGAGUUGAGUCAGAGAAUGCAGUCAUCACUCCACUAAAUAACUGAACUGCAUGUGAACGCAAGUGCAUUAUUGACUCAGGGGCGACAACAGGGCUGACAACUCUAUUCUGCUGUUGUGUGGAUGUGCCCUUAUUCAUUCAGUGUAAUGCGAUGGGUGAACCAGUUUUGCAGGCUGAUUGAUUGACUCGGGGCCAUUUGGGAUGCAGCUCUCAGUUGAAUUUUAUUAAUUCUGAAAGGCAUAUUUGCUCAUUUUCAUAGCGACUGUGUUCAUUUGAGCUAUUUUGCACAUUUUGUAUACUGCUUUGCAUUUUUCCCCUGACAGCUUGGCAUAAAGGAAAGCCCAAACCUUCGCCUUAGCAGACUUUUGCAUUGACAUGUUUCAGUGAAUGUGUGUGUUUGUUUGUAUGUAGAUUCCUCAGGUUCUGACAUGUGUCCAUUGGGUCAGUUUCCAUGCGGGAAUCUGUCAGUGUGUUUGCCUCAACCACAGCACUGUAACGGGCAGCAGGACUGUCCAAAUGGAGCAGACGAGGAGAACUGCGUGGAUAACAGUGGUUGGCCCCAUCUAUUUGAUGCAUUCAUGAAAACAAGGGUCCAGGAAUCAAAAGAGUGCAUGUUAGAUGUCUAUCCUGACACGUGUCAUUGUGAGGGUCGGAAGGUGAAUUGUAAUGGGAAAAACCUGCUCCAUGUACCUGCUGUAUCCUCUAAUGUGACUGCACUAGAGCUGAACAGUAACAGAAUUGAAUCUCUGUCUCGUGAUCUGUUCAUCCGCUACAGACACCUGGAGAGACUACAUUUGGAAAGCAACAGUAUAGAAACGAUCUCCAAGAGGGCAUUUUCAGGACUGGUCGCUUUGCGUAAACUUUUUUUGAGUCAGAAUAAGAUUUCGUCUCUGAAAGCAGGCAUAUUUAGUGACCUCAGCAGUCUGGAGUGGCUGAUUCUGGACGAGAACAGAAUAUCCUCUCUGCGCCAGAAGUCUUUUGAAGGCCUGAAAUCAUUAUUUUUCCUGUCUUUAUUAAAUAAUUCUGUCGAACAGUUUCCUAAAACCUCAAUUUGCCAUGAAAUGCCCCGUCUCAACUGGCUGGAAAUGGAGGGGAAUAUAAUUUCAUCUCUCUGGGCAUCAAGUUUUAAAAACUGCUCCUCUCUCACCGUGUUAGCGUUGAGGAGAAACCGCAUCAGCACCAUCGAAGAAGGAACUUUUGCAGACAUGCAAAGAUUGAUAGACCUAGACGUGUCUGUGAACCAGAUUAAAGAUCUGCCUCCAUCUCUGUUCCAGAACCUCCAGAACCUCAAGCAGCUAAAUAUCUCCAACAAUCCCCUGGUGAACAUAUACAGCAAUCAAUUUGACAGUUUGGUGAAUCUGCAGUCUCUGAGCAUGGAAGAGGUGGAGAUUCCCAACAUUAGUAUCAGGAUGUUCCGGCCCCUUACCAACCUCACUCACAUUUAUUUCAAGCGUUUUGAAUUCUGUGGAUAUUCUCCAAAUGUGCGGAGCUGCAAACCAAACACAGACGGAAUCUCAUCCUUUGAGAAUCUGCUCGCAAACAUCAUUCUGCGGGUGUUUGUCUGGGUUGUCGCCUUCAUCAUUUGCUUCGGAAACAUCUUCGUCAUCUGUCUGCGGUCCUGUAUUGCUUCAGAGAAUCAACAUCACACCAUGGCCAUCAAAUCCCUUUGCUGUGCAGACUGUCUCAUGGGUGUAUAUCUGCUUUUCAUCGGUGCCUUUGACAUCAAGUACUGCGGCGAGUACAACCGUCAUGCUCAGAUUUGGAUGGAAAGCCUGUCCUGCCAGCUGAUUGGCUCUUUGGCCAUGUUGUCUACAGAAGUGUCUGUCAUGAUGCUGACCUACAUGACACUAGAGAAAUACCUGUGCAUCGUCUUCCCGUUCCAGCAUUACCGUGCCGGGCGAAAACAGACCCUGUGCUCACUGACCUUCAUCUGGCUACUAGGAUUUAUCAUUGCCGUUAUUCCCUUCUGGGAUAAACAGACAUUUGGGAACUUUUAUGGGCGGAAUGGAGUGUGUUUCCCUCUUCACUCAGACCAGACGGAGAAACCUGGUGCUAGAUGCUAUUCCACAGCCAUUUUUCUCGGUCUGAAUCUGCUGGCUUUUGUGAUGAUCGUAUUUUCUUACUCCAGUAUGUUUUACUCAGUCCAGAAGACAGCAAAGACAGCGCGUCAAACAGUAUAUGAUCGGGAAGUGACUAUUGCAAAGCGAUUUUUUUUCAUCGUGUUCACUGACGCCCUGUGCUGGAUCCCCAUCUUCCUCUUGAAAAUACUCUCACUGCUAAGAGUACAGAUCGCAGGUACUAUCAUUCUGUGGGUGGUGAUUUUUAUCCUUCCUAUAAACAGUGCCCUGAACCCCAUCCUGUACACAAUCACAACCAGCGCGUUUCAGCAGCGACUUAAACAGUGUCUGAAAUAUCGCUGCCAGCAGACUAACUGACACAAACACACACUAUGCAUCUGCUCUGAGAUUAAUAUUCCAUGUGGAUUAAAAAGUGAAUAGAUGACAGGAUAAUGACCCCACACACAUACAGUACACACACGCACAAACACUCAAGAUGCUCUCCUCCUCUGCACAAGUUAAUAAGGCUUAGAGAAGCCUGCAGGGUUGAAGAAAUGAGAGCGCGCACAGCCACAUUAACCAGCAGACCAUCAUCAACAAUAUAUGCUUAUGCAAUUAAUAUGUAAAACCAGCCUUAUAUGGAAAAGCAAAGAAAGCACAUACCGUAAACCUAAGAAACUUCAACUUGCCAUAAAGACCUGGAGCAGCGCAUGUGUACCAGGAGAAAGCCAAACUCUGUGGCUGUCAGAGGAGCAGAUAGGAGACUGUUCGGGACGGACCCGGCGGGAUGAGGAUUGGAAUGCUUCCGACUGAUUUAAUUGCAUUUUUGUUUGCUUGUGUGGAUGUGUUUGGAAAACAAAGAAUCAGGGAUGGCAGUUGCAUAUAGUCAGGAAACAUUACUUGAAGGGCCGUUCAUGACACCUUUAUAAUCAUGACAUGACAUGUCAGGAAUAUGAAUGAAUUUUUAUGAUAACUGCUAUUAAGUGUCAUCCGCUCAGUUAUGUCAUUUUAAAUGCAAAUGUGACAUUGUUUGAUAUGUCUUUGUUAUGACAACUUGACUUUGCCAAGACAACAUACUUUGUCAAAAAUCUUUCAUGAUGCAAUUUUAAUGGGUUAGAUGCACACAGACUUUUAAUUUCAGUCAGCCAGCCCCAGGGCUUCCGGUGAAUUGUCAUUCCAAAAUUGACGCAUUUAAGAUCUGAUUUCUUUACAAAACAGUGAUCUUCACUGCCUGGCUAAGAUGCACUAUAUGGUGGGUCUCAAACCAAACAAGAAGCACUUCAUUAAAUUAUUCUUUUCCAUGCCAUGUCUUUAAAAUAAUUAAUUUUACCCCAGUGUUUUCAAUAGAGUUUCUGUGCUAGCUUGCAGCUUAUGAUGGUGCCUGUGUUUAAACGGGUUUCUGCCUCUUUUCACGCUUUAAUAAAAAAAUAUAUUCUUAAGUCUACUUAACUGAAUGUAUUGUAAUUACAUUAAAACAUUGAGGCUGUAAAAUAAGGCUUAUGAAACUGAAAAUUGUCACAUUAAGCUUUUAUCGGAAAAUCAUUGUUGGCUGAAAAACGUGGGCUGUGCAUAUAGCCCAUUGUGUCAUGGAUAUUCUUCUGAUCACUUUUAUCACAACAAAACAGUUUACAGUUACAGCUUUUCUGGUGUCAGUACUCUGUAAAAUAAAUUUAUAACAGCAUAAUUAAUAAUUGAUGACAUUUAAAUGCCAAAUUCAAUUGGUACCACUAGUGGUUUAGGUUAUAAAUUCAUAGUACAAGUGUACUUGCAUAAUUACAUUCAUGUUUAUGACGAAUUUAUGACAAGUUAUGUUGUCUCGGUAAUGUCAAAUUGUCGUGACAAAGACACUGACAGGUUGUGAUGUAUUUGGUUCUGUAAAGUUGUAAUAUCAAAGACAUUUUAAACAAUGUCACUUUUGCAUUUUAAAGGACAGCUGACAAAUGACACUUAAUGACAGUUGAGCAUGCAUAAAAUGUCAUUCAUAUUCAUGAUAUGUGUCAUGUCAUAAUUGUGUCAUGUCAUUUAUGAACACCCCCUUUAAGUAAUGUGUUACCAAACUGAAAAUAAAUAUGGUGGAGAAGGAAGUAUGUGUAUUGAAACGAUUCAACCAUGAAAGAUUACAAUAAAAAACAAUCACAGCACUAAAAUGUACAAAGGAAUAAAGAUAACUACUGUGUGUGUUCACAUUGACAUCAAAUGAUUCACGUUGCUGUUAUUAAAUUACAUGACUUUUAUUGUGUGAUUUUAUUAUCCAUGAAGUUCACAGCUUUCUUUUGUCUGAUGUGAUUGUCAUUUGUCUAAAGUAUGUAAAAAUGAAUGUAAAAACCAAAUAAUUGCAACAAAUAAAUAAUAAUUAUUUAAAUAUACAUAA